GCUUUGGCCUACAACCACAAUCCCUGUCCUCUCCUUCGCCAUCGCCACCGCCACCGCCACCUCCUCCCGUUCUUCUCCGGCCGCCGCCUCAGACUUGGUGCCCGCGUGCUGCCACCCGCAGGAGCCGCAGAUGGCGUCUUCGACGUCCACCCUAGAGAUCGAGGCUCGCGACGUGGUGAAGAUAAUGCUGCAGUUCUGCAAGGAAAACUCGCUUCAUCAGACGUUCCAGACCCUGCAGAACGAAUGCCAGGUCUCGCUCAACACGGUGGACAGCAUGGAUACCUUCAUCGCCGACAUUAAUGCUGGGCGCUGGGAUGCCGUGCUGCCGCAGGUUGCCCAGCUGAAGCUGCCGCGCAAGAAGCUUGAGGACCUCUACGAGCAGAUUGUGCUGGAGAUGGCAGAGCUCCGUGAGCUGGACACGGCCCGUGCAAUCCUUCGCCAGACACAGGUGAUGGGGGUCAUGAAACAGGAGGAACCCGAACGAUACCUCCGACUAGAGCACCUCCUUGUCCGGACAUACUUUGACCCGAAUGAGGCUUACCAAGAAUCUACCAAGGAAAAGCGACGUGCGCAGAUUGCCCAAGCAAUUGCUUCUGAGGUUUCAGUAGUCCCACCAGCUCGGCUAAUGGCACUGAUUACCCAGGCUUUGAAAUGGCAACAGCACCAAGGUUUGUUACCCCCUGGCACACAGUUUGAUUUGUUCAGAGGAACCGCUGCAAUGAAGCAAGACGAAGAAGAGGCAUAUCCUACUACUUUGUCACAUCAAAUAAAGUUCGGGAAGAAAACCCACCCUGAGUGUGCUCGAUUCUCACCCGAUGGCCAGUACCUUGUUUCAUGCUCAGUGGAUGGAAUCAUCGAAGUCUGGGAUUAUGUCAGCGGCAAGCUGAAAAAGGAUCUUCAAUAUCAAGCCGAUGAAAGCUUUAUGAUGCACGAGGAUGCUGUGCUCUGUGUUGAUUUUAGUAGAGAUUCUGAGAUGCUGGCAUCUGGAUCACAGGAUGGAAAAAUUAAGGUUUGGCGUAUACGAACUGGCCAGUGCUUGCGACGCCUCGAGCGUUCACACGCGAAAGGUGUUACAAGUGUUACAUUUUCACGUGAUGGAACUCAGAUACUGAGUACCUCUUUUGACACUACUGCGAGAAUCCAUGGCCUUAAGUCUGGGAAGAUGCUAAAAGAAUUUCGCGGUCACGACUCCUACGUGAACUAUGCCAUCUUUUCUAGUGAUGGCACCCGUGUUAUCACAGCUUCCAGUGACUGUACUGUUAAGGUAUGGGAUGCGAAAACAGCAGACUGUUUGCAAUCAUUCAAGCCUCCUCCUCUGAGGGGAGGAGAUGCAUCUGUCAACUCUGUCCAUUUGUUUCCAAAGAAUAGUGAUCACAUUGUUGUCUGCAAUAAGACUUCGUCAAUAUACAUCAUGACUUUACAAGGACAGGUUGUAAAGAGUUUCUCAUCUGGUAAACGGGAAGGAGGAGAUUUUGUUGCAGCUUCAGUUUCACCAAAAGGAGAAUGGAUAUAUUGUGUUGGUGAAGACAUGAAUAUGUAUUGCUUUAGUCAUCAGUCCGGUAAACUUGAGCAUCUAAUGAAGGUCCAUGACAAGGAUGUGAUUGGCAUUACUCACCACCCUCACAGGAACUUGGUUGCCACCUAUGCCGAAGAUUGUAUGAUGAAGAUAUGGAAGCCUUAAGGAUGUGAUUGGCAUUACUCACCACCCUCACAGGAACUUGGUUGCCACCUAUGCCGAAGAUUGUAUGAUGAAGAUAUGGAAGCCUUAAUUACAUUCAUUCAUUUCCAGUUUUAUUAAUCUGAGUAGUAUUUUAGAGGAUGCAUUUGGUUCUUGUAAUAGUCGUACUGUAGCAUAUAUAAAACCAGUUGGAGUGAUUGAUCAUCAAACACAUUAAGCUACGGAGAAUGGCGGCCAAUCAGCAUGGCCAUGUGGCGCAUGCUGGUUGGCCGUGGCAAAAAACAUUUUGAUUUCUUUUGGAAGACA